AGGUGAGGUGAGACGGUAAGAGAGAGGAAUGUAACGACAGAAGUAAAUUUCCCAAAUCCCAAGCACGGCCAUUUGAUCUCGUUUCAUUUGCUUAGCCCACCGCGAUCCCUACACAUUACAUGUGGGUUUUUCGCGAAUAAAGGAGAUCAUUGCAAGAGCUUCAGCGAGUUGUUGAACCCAUCAUUAUGAUGAGAAACUUCCAAAAUAACUUCAGCUCUUCCUCUGAUUCCAUGGUCGUCUCUCUCGAACCAUCCAAACCCAAACCCACAAGACUCUACAAAGUCUGGAAGGGAAACAAUGUAUCCCCCCCUUCUUUCCGUCAUUAUGUCUUGUCCUUUUUUAGUAGUGAUGUUUACCUUCUGAUUGUUAAGAGCAUUGGAAUAAGAGAAGUGGGAGGAUAUAGUUGUCAGCUACCCUGUUACUGAGAUUUUUGAGGGAUAUUUGAACUUGAACAAUUUGGAGUAACCCUUUAUCAUAUUUACAUGUGCCCAUAUGUUUUGUACCCCUCGUUUGUAAAAAUUUCAAGUUUGAGCUUCUGGGUUUCUAAGGCAUGAAUGGACCAAUCAAAUAGCUCAAGAAAUUUUUGUGUGGCGGAAGAUUAGUCUUUGGUCAUGAUGCAUCAUCUCUUUUUUUGACAUCAUUCCUAAUUGGAUGUCCUGCGAUAACAUUCUGCAUGAGAAUGCUAUUUUUCACAAUCAAAGGGGACAGUCCUCUCUAUGGCUAUCCUGUAUUUAUCGGGGGAGCAAUCCUCACAAUUUUGGCCUUUGCUUUUCUCUUCUUAACAUCUGCUAGAGAUCCGGGAAUUAUCCCCAGAAAAGCACAAGGAGAAGAAACAUUUGAUUUAAAUGCACCGUCCAUGCGGUGGAUAGACAACAGAAAUUUCAGUGCAAAAUUACCUAAAGUGAAGGAUGUAAAGGUCAACGGCCAUACAUUGAAGGUGAAAUUCUGUGAAACUUGCUUGCUCUUUCGUCCACCACGUGCUUCACACUGCUCUAUUUGCAACAACUGUGUGCAGAAGUUUGAUCACCAUUGCCCCUGGGUUGGUCAGUGUAUUGGAUUGCGUAACUAUCCAUUCUUCAUACUAUUCAUAUCAACAUCAACCUUGUUGUGCGUGUAUGUGUUCACAUUUUCCUGGGUUAAUCUUCGUUGGAUUAAAGGCACCUUGUGGCACAGCAUGUCACACGAUGUCAUAUCAGUUGUUCUCAUUGUAUAUUGCUUCAUGUGCGUAUGGUUUGUGGGUGGCCUAACAGUUUUCCAUCUUUACCUGAUUUCCACCAACCAGACAACUUAUGAGAAUUUCCGGUACCGCUAUGAUAAGAAGGAAAACCCAUACUCAAAGGGACUGCUAGGGAACUUCAAAGAACUUUCAUGUACUAAGAUCCCCUCUUCACUGGUCAACUUCAGAGGGCUGGUUACCGAUGCACCGGGUGUUACUUCAGAUCUUGAAAGAAGCCUUAUAAGCUCUAAACGAAAAAUUGAUGCAGAAAUGGGAGGAAAGCAUGGCAAGCAUAAUAGCGUGAUAAUGCCAAGCAUGUUAAAUGAUCUGGACUGCAACAGCAUGGAUGAUCAUCUGAAGAAGGCGGCAGGAGAAAAAGAAGCUGCAUUUGAUAUUUUCGUUCCUACUAAUCAAGAGCCAAAAUAUUCACAUCAGAAAUCCACAAAGGGAGCCAGUGCUACCCAAGAUAAGGAAAAGCAAUAGCUCCUUCAGAUUACGUUGCUGCUUCUUAGAACAGAGAUCCUUUUGGGGCAUUUGAUGCAAGGGAUAUUUGUAGAUAGUGAGUUUCAAGGUAAGCAUGCUGAUUUGCUCUGACUGAAGUGACAUGAACUGAUGCACAAUGGAAAGAGGAAAGAAGGAGAAACGAAAUAACUCCUUAUUAGUUUCUGACCCAAUGAAAACUAGGUUAUACUUUGGUCACUCAAAACGGGGAGAAAAGACUGACAAGGAGGUUACUGUUAACUGGCACAUGGAACAAAAUUUCUAGAUGAUGGAUGACUAGGCAUCUUCUCUAUCUUUGGUUGGAAUGGAUUGUUGAUUUUGUAAAUUAAUGUCUUGUUCAUUCUUCUCUCUCCAGUCUCAAAUCAAUCUCCUUCCCUCCCUUCUCUUCCCCUUCCACACAUAAUGGUCACGUAGCCACGGGUUAUGGAGCUGUAUUUAUUGUUGCAGAAUAACACAGGAGAUGUUCUUGUGGUUGUCCUCAUUGUAUAUGAAUGGCUAUCAAUGGAUAAGCCAUUUCUUUGUAAUAUAAUAUCCCAAAACCUGCUGGUAAAAAAUAAAAAAUAAAA